AUGCAUACUCAGUAAGACAAAAUAAUUAUCUAUGUUGAAUAUAAUAAUGAAUCUAACAGUUAAUAUGAGGUUUGUAGGGCUGAGAAGAUCAAAAAGUUUCUAUGUGAAAAAUAUAAGCUGACUGAGAAGGAAAUAGCUGUUAAAAUUGAUAGUAAGAUUUGUGACUCUAGCGAUAGUUUUGAUAAAUAUAUCAAAGAUGAUUAACCUUUGAAAGUACUGAUUUUUGAUAUAAAUAUAUUGAUUGAUGAUUAUCAGGAAUAAUAAAAAAUAAAAUAGUCAUAAAUAACAGAUAUAUAAACAUCAAUAGAAAAUAAAUGUACAUAAAUUUUUAAAACUGAGAGGAGCAUUUAGUGUGAUUUAAAUGAUAGCAAUAGCGAAGGUACAGUUAGAAAGAGUUUCAUUUCGAUUUAAUAAUCAAGCUAAUUGUUCUCAUAAAUUAUUUAACAAAACUUCAAAUGCAUCUAUUGUCAGCAAAAUAUUGAUUCCAGCCUAAUAAAUACUCCUUGCCAGCAUUUUUUUCACAAUGAAUGUUUUGAUUAAUUUAUUUACAACACCUUACAACUCUCAUCUACCACCAUAUAAUGUCUCUGUAAUGAAAAGUUUAAGGUAUAAAUUUUAUAAGUUUUGGGUGAGGAAAAGUUCAGAACUUAUAAAGAAAUAUUACUAAAAAAUCAAUUAUUUUACAUUUAAAAAAAAUGCGAAAACUAAAUUGGAAGGUGUAUUGAUAACCAAGACUGCAAAUUUUGGUUUUUCAAAUAACCCAAUAGCCAAAUUCAAUAAGAAAUCUCAUGUUAUUAAUGCUCAACCCCUCAAAAUUAAGAUUUCUAACAUGCAAAAUCCUUGUUACCAAAAGAGCAAAUCAUUAUCGCGUCUCAUAAUGCUGAACAAAGAGAAGAAGACACAAAAUUGAGGCCUUUUGUAACUAAGAAUUUAAUUCAGGAUUAGGGAAACUAAUUAAAAUAAGUUGAUGAAGGCCAUAGUUAUUAGAAUAGAAAGACAAAAGUAAUAUCAGAUUUAAAUAUCUUAGAGUGAAAUAGUGGAGAUAAGGAAAAUUAGAAAACAGAUUGGGAAUGAUUCGAUAAAUUUUAAUAAAAAUAAAAUACAACAGAAUAAUGUGGAGCAAUAGAUUUAGGAUUAAAAUUAGAUAUAAACUGAAUAGGUAGUUGAAAAUUAAUGA